AUGGCUCUGAGACGGCUCAUCCAGCAGAACCACAACGCCAACCUCGUGGGCUUCAGUGCUGGCUCCGCCGGGCAGGAGCAGGCUCUGCCGAUGGACACCAGGAGGAUCCAGCACCUGGCCAACACGGUGGGGACGCUGCCCCGCGGGCACAAGCAGCUUGCCUUAACCAGAUCCAGCUCCUUGGGUGACUCCUCCAGGCCACAAAGACACCUUGUCGCUAUAUUAAAAGAAGAUAAAGAGACGUUUGGGUUUGAAAUCCAGACUAUCAGAUUUCCGCACCAAAAUGAUUACUCCCUGGAGGUGUGCACUUGCGUCUGCAAAGUUCAAGAAGAAAGUCCUGCCCAUCUUUCUGGCCUUCAAACUGGCGACAUCCUCUCCAGCAUCAAUGGCGUGAACACCGAUGGCUUUAGUCACAAGCAAAUAGUAGACUUGAUAAAGUCUUCGGGGAACUAUCUAAGGUUAGAGACUGUCAAUGGGGCCAUGUUUCGGAGGAAAAUGGAGCUGGAGACCAAGCUGCAGUUACUGAAGCAAACCCUGCAGCAGAGAUGGGUGGAGCUGCGCUCGCUGCUGGCCCAGGAGCGGCGCCUGCUGCAGCGGGAGGUGAAUGACAACGCUGUGCUGGGCGCACUGGAGCUGGAGGUGUCCGGCUCGCUUGGUGGCUGCAGCAUUCCGGGAGCCCUCUUUCCAACGAAGCCUCGCUUCUCCAGCGAGAGCAGCUCCCGCAGCCGGCUGAGCUCCAUGACCGUGGACAGUGAGGACAGCUUCUACCAGGGCGGUGCCUUCGAGGACUCGGCCACAGAGAGGUCCAUGUCCCCGCUCUGGGAGGGAAGCAGCUGCUCCAGCAGUUUUGGGACCCUCCCGCGGAAAAGCAGGAGAGCGAGUGUCCGAAAGCAUCUUUCAAAAUUCAUCCCAGGCCUUCACCGGGCGGUGGAAGAGGAAGAAAGCCGGGUCUGA